AUGCCGACCGAAUUCUUAACCUCCCGGCAGAUCGCCGAACAGACUCUUCAAGAUGUCCUUAACGACUUCGACAUCAAACUCCCAAGCCAUGUCCAAAAUUUUGCCAUUGAUUUUCCCUACCCUAUUCCAUCUCCUGAAGAGACAAACUCGGAGAAGCUCAAUUUAUCUCUCGUUGGCGCAAUACCGGCUUGCGCCAAUGCCAUUAUCGCAGCAGCGAUCUUCCAGGCUCGUGGCGGUGCCGCCCAACGAGUAGGAAUCGAUUUGAGGAGAGGCCAUAAUUACAUCGAUCCAGACAUCGGGAUGACACCGUCCCUCAACCGCCAGGAGGUUCCUCUGGACGUUGUCUUUGGGAAUCCUUUCUUGAAGAACAUCUACGAAACCGAAGAUCACAAGUAUGCAGUGCUCAGUGCCGUGUAUGUGGACCUCGUCUAUCAGUGGAGCGCAUUUCUGGGUUGUUCCGUCGCGCAGAGCGCCGUCGCAGAAGCUGUCAAAUCCUGGAAUGCAACUGAUCUGGAAGAAGCAGCCGCAGCGGCUGGGUUGCCCAUGGCCAUCUGCCAAACCGAAGAGUCUUGGAAACGUCAUCCACAGGGAGUAGAACUUGGCAAGAAGCCGUGGGUACCAGUUGAAGAAGUGCCUUCCGUCCCUGCAGAGAAUGAUUCUCUCCCCCUUCCGCUCCCGUGUCAUCCAGCUCGACCUCUCUCGGGCCUCCGAGUUCUGUGCCUCACGCACGCCAUCGCUGGGCCUUCAGCAGGUCGCACGCUGGCAGAGCAUGGAGCAUCGGCUCUGCAGGUAAUGUUCACACAUGGAUUUGAACAUCUAUUUGUGUAUUCCUACGCAAGCCUCGGGUUAUCAACGACUCGCCUCAGUCUACACAAAGAAGCCGAUCGUGCAAGAUUACGGACGCUGGUCAAAGACGCCCACGUGUGGAUCGACAGCUACAGACCUGAUGCUAUCGCAAAGUUCGGCUUCAGCAAUUCAGACCUGCACCAUAUCAAUCAUAGCCUGAUCAUAUGCCGAGUAACAUGCUACGGCACCAGUGGACCAUGGAACUCCAAGCCUGGGUUCGACAUGCAAGGUUCCUCGUCCAGCGGAAUGAUGACCCUCAUGGGACAGGGUGUAGGCGACGGCCAACCUCAGUGGCCACCAGGCAUGGUAAUCAACGACUACACAACGGGCUAUGCAGCGGCCUUGGCGAUCCAGAGCAUCAUCGUGAAGCGAGUGCAAGGCGAAGUCGGAGCUCAACAUGGCUGGCUCGUAAGCCCAAGCUUAACUGGUACUGCCAUGGCGAUCUCGAAGUACUUCAAGACAUCUCGUUUCAGCCCGCCAACUGAUCAAGAAGGCUCUCAUGCUUUGCCGCCAGAGACGCUCGAAGGGGACACGGGCCUUGGCUAUUUGAAAACAUUGGCUUCUCUGCCGAAGCUCAGUGUUACUCCUAUCUUCUAUGAGGUUGGGUUGCUGGGUUCCUUGGGCUCAGCGCUACCUCGGUUCCCUGGGUAUGAUGCCGAUUUUGAUCUGGAAGAUGCGACACCAAUGAAGAAGGAAGAUGUGGCAGAACAGGUGGGAGCUCCAAAGGCCCAGCGUUUAGAAGAGCUGAGAAAGCUAGCAAAGGCCUACAAAGCAAGGAGGGACCGGACCUGA